GGGACACACUCAGUGUGGUGGGUGGGAAGAGAGAGAGAGAGGAGCAGCGUAGAGAGAGAAAGAGAAGCAGGGUAGAGAGAGAGUAGCAGCGUAGCGUGUUUGUGUUAGUGUGUGUGUGUCACAUUGGACGGCCACGUCGUGAAAGCAGAGCCAGCCAUUGCAUUCUUACAUGAACAAACAUGGAGAAAGCCAAGAAAAGGAGGAGGAGAAGAACAAUCUUCUCUGCAAAUUCGGGGUGCUGCAUCCUUUAGCUCUUCAUAAUUUCUCCUCGCUUUCUCUCUCUCUUUCUUUAUCUCUUAGCGUCGCAAUUCGAUUCGAAUGGCUGCUGCUAAUGACCGCUCCUCUUCCUCUUCUGCUACCUUGGCAUUUGACGACAUUGAAGAUUUCAUUUGGAUGGAGGAGAAUAAGAUGAACAUUCCUUCAGAGCGAUUAAGUCAAGUGCUUGAUCUCAUGCGAAAAGCUAACUGGGCUUUCCGACAAGACAGGAUUGAAGAGGCAAUUACCUUGUACUCCACAGCCCAAAAGUUGAAACCCGGUGACCCUGUUGUCCUCAGCAAUCGAAGCACUGCCUUUUGCAAGUUUAACCAACAACUGAGAAAUCGAUCUGCUAUCUUGUCUGAAUAUGAGGCAUUGAAGGGGAUGGAUCCCACAGUAUAUGCAGAACUUGCUUUGAGAGAUGCAGAGAAGGUUGUGAGCAUUCAGGGUGAUUCACCCAAAGCCUAUUAUCAAAAGGCCAAGGCAUUUAUUUUGCUGGAACGGUAUGAUGAGGCGCGGGAGACAGUUUUAUCAGGUCUUCAUGUUGAUCCUUUCAGCAUUCCCCUUCAGGUUUUACUCCAUGAUUUGGAAAGGAUAUCUUCUGGUUCUAUUGCAAGGAUGAAACAUUCCAAGCCAGAGCGCACUGACGAUUUUGAAUGCACUCUGUGUUUAAAGCUGUUAUAUGAACCAGUGACUACUCCAUGUGGGCAUUCAUUUUGUCGUCCUUGUCUAUUUCGGUCUAUGGAUCAUGGUAACAAGUGUCCCAUGUGCAGGACAGUUCUUUUCAUCAGUUAUAGAACUUAUCCUGUAAGCGUAACCCUGAACAACAUAAUACAGAAGAAUUUUCCAGAGGAGUUUGCUGAGAGGAAGGCAGAGCAUAAGAGCCUGACAAAUUUAGAUGCUGAUUUGAUGCCUCUUUUUGUCAUGGAUGUGGUGCUUCCAUGCCAAAAGUUACCUCUCAACAUCUUUGAACCUCGCUACAGACUGAUGGUAAGGAGGAUAAUGGAGGGAAACCGCCGGAUGGGAAUGGUUGGGAUUGAUUCUGCCACAGGUUCCAUUGCUGAUUAUGCUUGUGAAGUCGAAAUAUGCGAAUGCGAGCCACUUCCUGAUGGGCGAUUUUAUUUAGAGGUUGAAGGUCGCCGUCGGUUUCGCAUACUCCGUAAUUGGGAUCAAGAUGGGUAUCGUGUUGCAGAAGUUGAAUGGAUUUGUGAUGUUAACUUUCCAGAAGGGACAAAUGAGAGAGAUGAUUUGCUACAAAUGGCUAUUGGAGCAGCAGACUUGGCACGAAACUGGAUGAUGCGGGCUAGAGAAGCUGCGAGAACAGCACGGCAAUCAAGGCGUGCAGAACUCAUCGAAGCUGAUGGAAUUCCUAGCCCACAAGAUCCUGAGCGCCUCAGUUUCUGGCUCGUUAGCAAUGUUUUGAAGUUGAGGCCAUCUGACAGAUUGGAGCUCUUGCGGUUAAGAGAUACACGUGAGUACAGAGGAUAUCGCGGGGCCUAAUAUACUUGAGAGCCGAGUAACAAGGUUGCCGCGUUCAGUGACAAAGACCACCUUUCCAGCAACUCUUUUAUACAUACAGCAAUGUACCAAUUUUUGUCAUUCUUUUUUCUCCUCCCAUUAAAAAUUUGUAGCCUCUUCUUAAACAAAAAAAAAAAUUGAAUUUGUGCCAAAUAUGAAUGAUACAUCUAUCAAUGGAAUAUAAAUUUUUUUGUGCAA